AUGGCAGCUCUCAGGACAGCUUCGCGCCUGGUCGCGCCCUCUCGGACCGUCUUCAGAUCCUCCCUUGCCGCCAGAUCCUAUGCCACCGUUACCGAGAGCUCCGUCUACGAUACCUCUGCGAGCCGGCCCCCUACUCCGGCCUCGCAGACCACAACGGUCGAGGAGCCCGCGCCGAGCAAGGCUGCGAAGAUCAAGACCUUCCACAUCUACCGAUGGAAUCCGGACGAGCCAACCUCCAAACCUCGGAUGCAAUCCUACACCUUAGAUCUGAAUAAGACGGGACCUAUGAUGCUGGAUGCUUUGAUCAGAAUCAAGAACGAAGUUGAUCCUACCCUUACCUUCCGCCGAAGCUGCCGAGAGGGUAUUUGCGGUAGUUGCGCCAUGAACAUUGAUGGAGUUAACACACUGGCCUGCCUCUGCCGAAUCCCUACAGACACCGCAAAGGAAUCGCGGAUCUAUCCGCUCCCUCAUACCUAUGUGGUGAAGGAUCUUGUGCCAGAUUUGACGCAAUUCUACAAGCAAUACAAGUCUAUCAAGCCCUAUCUGCAGAGGGAUACCAAAUCUCCAGACGGCAAGGAGAACAGACAGUCCAGGGAAGAGAGAAAGAAGUUGGAUGGUUUGUACGAGUGCAUCCUGUGCGCCUGCUGCUCGACCUCAUGUCCCUCGUACUGGUGGAACAGCGACCAAUAUCUCGGACCUGCUAUUCUGCUGCAGUCUUACCGAUGGCUCGCCGAUUCGCGUGAUCAAAGAACGGCGGAACGAAAGGAAGCUCUCGACAACAGCAUGAGUUUGUACAGAUGUCACACCAUUUUGAACUGUUCGAGAACAUGUCCCAAGGGGUUGAACCCGGCAAAGGCGAUUGCAGAGAUCAAGAAGAUGAUGGCCAGUGCAUAG